AUGGUACGCCGGCUGGAAGAAGCUGACUUAGCCGCCAGCCUCAUGAAACAGUAUCAGGUGCCAGGCGCCUUGUGGACAGGCAUUUCAGAUGUCACCGGAGAGCAAGUGUGGGUCACUUCGCUAGGCGAUCCGCUGUCCUCGACGGGCUACGAGGUGUGGGCGCCGGGCCAGCCCAACGAGCUAGGGCGCGCCCUCUGCUUAGGGCUGGUGCCAGGAAAGGGCCUCGACGACCUCUACUGCAACGCCACAGCGCGGCCUUUCCUCUGCGAGCUCAUCGACUGAUUGCCCACUCCAGGCCGUGUCCACUCCUUGCAAACCGCGCCCGCUCGAGCCACUUGCCCGCCUGGGAAGCCCGGCGUUACCACGGGCGCG